CCCGCCAUGGCGGCCCCGUGCCGGUCGUGGCUCGUGUUCGGCUUCAGCCCCGAGGAGGCCGCGGGGGAAGCGGCGCCGGGCCCGGGCCCGCGGCGGCUGGAGCCCGGGGCCGAGCGGAUCCGCCGCGUCUGGCCCUCCUGGAGCUACGUGGUGGUGGAGACCGAUGCGGGUCUGGAGCUGCGGAGCGCGGGGCUGCGGCGGCGGUUGCGGGGCUGGACCGAGGCGCUGCCCUCCGAGACCCACCUGGUGCUGCGGGGGGCGACGGCGGCGCGGGCCUGGCCGCGGGGGGGGCUGCGGAGACCCCCCGUCUGGAGCCGGGCGCUGCCGCCGGGGCCCCACCGCCCCCCGCCGCUGCCGCUGCUCCCCGACGGCUUCGUCCGCCCGCGCCCGCCCUUCUUCGCCCCCCUGGCCCUGCCCGCGGGGGUGCGGGCCCGCCGGGUGGUCCUGGGCCACGAGCACGCCCUGGCACUCGCCACCAGCGGGGAGGUCUAUGCCUGGGGCGGCGGCAGGCACGGGCAGCUCGGCCAUGGGACGCUGGAGUCGGCGCAGCAGCCGCGGCUGGUGGAGGCGCUGGCCGGCCUGCGGAUGGCGGCGGUGGCAGCGGGGGGGUGGCACUCGGCCAGUGUCAGUGAGGCAGGAGACCUGUACAUGUGGGGCUGGAAUGAGUCAGGGCAGCUGGCUCUGCCCUCCAAAGCGCUGGCGGAGGAGCGGGCGCAGUCCGAGGACACAGGGGACCCCCUGCCACCACCCCCCCAGGAGCAGCGGGCGGCUGAGGACGGCGCAUUCAUUGCCAUCCAGGCGUUCCCGGCGCUGCUGGAUCUGCCGCAGGACCUGGAGGUCAGCAGGGUCAGCUGCGGCUCCCGGCACACGGCUGUUGUCACACGAGGUGGCGAGCUCUACACCUGGGGCUGGGGUAAAUAUGGGCAGCUGGGACACGGGGACAACGUCAGCUCCGACCGCCCGCGCCGUGUCGAGCACCUGGUGGCUGAGGGGCUGCGAGCAGAGGAGGUGGUGUGUGGGCCCUGGACCACCUAUGUCUGUGUGUUGGGGCCGUGAGGGACCCUCUGCCCCUCCAGCCUGGGCCCUGCUGGGUGGCAGCUGCUCAAGUGAUAAAGAUGACAAGGGAAGGACUGAACAACUUUAUUACAUCUAUUUUUCUAUAAA